GUUGAACCUGUUCUGCUCUUUCCCGGGUUGGAAAGUCGUUACUACCGAGGUUGCGCUGUUGGAAGCCACUACUUUCUCAACAUUUCGGUUUACUAGGCCCCGGACUACGGGAUAAAAACCACACAUUAGUUGUUAUCUACACACUGCCGAGGCUGGCUCUGCCGUGAUUCAUGUGCUGGUAGAUGUUUCUCUCGCCCCACAAGAAGUGACCGCGGACGAGCUGGUGUUUAAAGGUAUUUUCCCUACACCGAAGGGAUUUCUUCCACCGUGGCAGGAAUCCCAUAAAGCGAAGAGGCCGUCGGCUGGAAACAAAAACGACUCGCCGAAGAAGCUAUCCGUGUGUCGGUUUCUAAGACCGCUUUAUUGUCUGUUUAGUCAGUGGAUAUUUUUGACAUCGUGUUAAUGUUCAAACAAAGACCAUCGAGCAAAGACCGUGAUUUCCUUCUCCCCCUCACCAUGCGAGGAGUUCGGAUCUUCGUUGAAGAAUGUGUCGCUGUCUCCCAGCGUUAGCUCAGCCGCGGCUCCAUGGCCAGCGGUAACAACAUGCUCCUGGCCUCUGCCGUGGUGGUGUGGGAAUGGAUGAACGAACACGGCCGGUGGCGGCCCUACAGCCCCGCCGUCUCCCACCAGAUAGAGGCGGCCAUCCGGAGCAGCGACCCCCGCGGAGGGAGCGUGGUCCUCGGCCAGGUGGACAGCCGACUCUCGCCGUACAUCAUAGAUCUCCAGUCCAUGCACCAGUUCAGACAGGACACAGGAACCAUCCGUCCGGUGCGGAGGAGUUUUUAUGACCCAGCCUCGGCCCCGGGUCAGGGCUGGCAGUGGGAAUGGGAAAAUGAUGCAGGUACAUGGACGCCCUAUGACAUGGAGGUGGCCAUAGCCAUCGAGAGCGCCCACAACCGCCAGCAGCCCUGCCUUGACCUGACACCACUCGGCUUCUGCUACUUUAUUGAUUAUCAGAACAUGACACAGGUGAACAGACAGAGCCAGAGAUGUCGGAGGAUCCAGAGGCGUGCUGACAUGGCCUACCCUUUAGUGUCUGGUCCUCUCCCUGUUCCCAAAGGAGGAGGUGUAGGAGCAAGUGGAGGGCUAACAGGAGCCUUGCUGGGUGUUGGAGUGUCAGGGGCCAGCAUGGGGAUUGGAUCCGUCUAUCCUAAUGGAGGCUUACUGGCUACUGGAUUGGGCCAGCCUUGUUCCUGCCAGCAGUGCAUGCUGGUCCUUAGUGUGAAGACCAAUACAGGAAGAGCAGGGGGAGGAGCUGCAGGGUUACAGACUCUAGGUAGACGCUCGCUAACCAUGCAGCGACCUAAGAACUCAGCCUCCAAACCUCUAAGUCCGUCUAAAUCGGCCACACUGGGACGAGGACAGCCUCAGAACUCCAGCUACUAUCAGACGCUGCCGCACGGCCUCGCCAUCUCCAAAAACACUGCCUCACCAAGAAGGAACGCUCAGCUCUUCGCUCAGUCGCUGGCUGCCCUCACCACUUGCACGUCCUCUCUGGGUAUCUCCUCGUCUUCCGUCAGGCCGCCUCCCCCAUCCCUCCCACCUCCUCAGCCCCCAUCAUCCAACCCAAAUUUGAACCCUCCGUCCAUUCCGGCCAAGCACUCUUCAUCUUCAGCCGGUGAAUCAGUGCCGACUGGUACAUUAAUUACCCCUGCCAGCAAUGUGACCACACCCCCUUCUCCAGUGCCAUCUCCGUCGCCAAUGGUGAUGAAGCCGCAACGCAUGGUGUCGUCCACGGCAACAGUGUGCCAUGCCCCGUUGCCACAGAGAUCCAGCUUAGCCGGGCUGAGCAGACCAGCGUUACAGAGGAUUGCCAUGGCCCAGUCCAGAGCACUCAUAGCAUCAGGUGUGCCCACCGUCCCAGUGAAGAACCUCAGUGGAUCCAGUCCUGUUCACCCUGCGCUGGCCGGGAUCACAGGAAUUCUGAUGAGUGCCGCCGCUCUGCCCGUGUGCCUGACGAGGCCUCCUAAACUUGUGCUGCAUCCUCCGCCCGUCAGCAAGAGUGACAUCAAACCAGUGCCAGGCUUUGGACACUGUUGCAGGAAGACCACCAAGAAACAAGCUCGCAAGGGUAAAACUCCAGAGGAGGUGGUGAAGAAGUACCUGCAGAAAGUCAAAAGUCCACCAGAGGAGGACUGUACCAUUUGUAUGGAGCCAUUGGGGGGUCCAUCUGGAUACAAAGGUCCAGGGGUGGGGCCUGUUUCCAGGGCAGAUUCAGUUGGGCGACUUGCACAGUGUGGACACCAGUACCAUUUCCAGUGUCUGGUGGCUAUGUAUAAUAAUGGCAACAAGGACGGCAGUCUUCAGUGUCCCACGUGUAAAACCAUCUAUGGUGUAAAGACAGGCAACCAACCGGCAGGGAAGAUGGAGUACCACGUCAUCCCUCAUUCUCUACCAGGGCACCCUGACUGCAAAACCAUACGCAUCAUCUACAACAUCCCACCAGGCAUUCAGGGACCAGAGCAUCCAAACCCAGGGAAGCCCUUCACGGCCAGAGGCUUCCCCAGACACUGCUACCUCCCAGACAGCGAGAAAGGACGCAAGGUACUGAGGCUGCUCCUGGUAGCAUGGGACCGCAGAUUGAUCUUCUCAGUUGGUACAUCAAGCACUACAGGAGAGUCCGACACCGUCAUCUGGAACGAGGUCCACCAUAAGACAGAGUUUGGCUCCAACCUGACGGGCCACGGAUUCCCCGACCCCGGACACCUCGACAACGUCCUGGAAGAGCUGAGAGCUCAGGGCAUCACAGAGGAUGAUGGACUGAUGGAAAAGUGAAAGGACAUAACGGCCAGCAGAGAAGGAGGAGACAUCAGUGAGAGAGCAGUUGAGGCUGGACGGGUGAACCAGGAGAAGAGGAAGAGAAGUGGGGCCUCACCAUGAAAAUAACAGUGAGGAAAAGAGGAGGUCCUGAACUGAGAAAGACUCUCUCUGCCAGCACUUAAAAUGAGUGCAGGGGGGACAUUUCUGGUUGUACGAGACAUUGAUUAUGUUUUGCAAAAGUGACCACUUUUCAAGGUGUUGAUUGAGUCGGCGUUGGGUUCACCUGUCAAUGCAAGUCUGUCCAAAUUUCACAGUUUUCAAACAAGCACAUCAACAGAAGUGGGAGUUUGAGGAAGCAUCAUCACAGAAAGGAAAACAAUGCACAGGAGGAAUAUAAGAAAUCAGAAGGAGAAUGAGGGCACUCACGGUUUCAGCUACUAAACAGCUAGGUACUAAAUGUCGCAAAGUGUGAAUGAAUCGGUACUAAUAUUAAGGUCAAAACAAGUUUACUUUACUGAGAGAGAGAGAGUAAUAUAAAAGAAUGGUAAAAUGUCAGAGCAGUUCAGUAGAAAAUGGGGAUUGAAAGGACAAAGAGAAAGAAGUUGGAGCAGUGGGGGAGGUUACGGGAGGGAGCAGAACAGGAAUAAUGUAGCAGAAAGAGCCAAUGAUGGUGAAUGAAUGUAGUAUAGGGUAGGAGUAGAGUAAAAUUAACUUGUAUGGUACUGUUCAGGUACUUUUAGCUAUUAAUAAAAACAAGGAAACCAAGAGUGACGACAGGAGACAGACGAUGUGCUUCUUGCCUGCUUGGGGUUGAAGUUUAGUGCUGUUGCUCCCUCUUGUGGUUUUUCUGAUUAACUACACCUCCGCCUGUAAGCUAAUGGAACAAAUCCAAUUGUUACUUUGAGUUAUCCACCUGUGUUACUUUUUUAUCGGUACUAUAACCCUCAUGUAAUGUCAUUCCUUAUGUUACCUCUUACUUUUGACUCAAUGGUUUUCUGUAAUAGGCGUUGUUUGUUUCUGAUUGUUUGUGAAAUGCCAAAAGACCAAACUAAGGCCUCGUCAUUUGGGCCUAUUACUAUUGAGCCACUGUGGUACAAGUUAACCUUAGAUUCACAGGAACCAGUAUUUACAUCUGUCUUUAUUGUAUAUUUGUCCCUUUUGAUGGUUAACGUGGUUUCAUUGGAUAUAGAUGCUGCUGUAUCCCAUCAACAGUGGGAUACCAGUGAGAAAAUACUGAGGAUGUGAUGAAGGUGAUUGCCUAGAAUCAAGCUCUGAGAAUUCGCUUCAAGGCCUCAGUGUUAAGUUCCUCUAGUUGAAUGAGCUUCACUGUGUGUAAAACCCCAGACCAAUGAAGAGCCAGAAAGCCCCUCAGAUUGAGCAGAGUGUUAGAAGGCUCAGGAGGGUGGAGAGCACAAGAGAGGUCACGACCUGGUCUGCACAAGCAGAAAAAACACAUUUCAAAUCAAUUUAGCUUGGUCCUGGUGGGAUUGGUAAAACUUUAAUCUGUGGUUGUCACUGACUAGUUAGUAUUACAACACAACACUCACCAUCAAUAUGUCACCCACAAAAAAUAAGACCAUCGUUGGGACUUUUUCAGACAACAGACAACUUUAAAGGUUCCAUAUUAUAUGCAUUUAAACUCCCGUCUUUGUGUGUAAUCACAGACAUUUAAUGGAGAGACUCUGAAUCUGACCCAUUGAAGUGUUACGUGACUCCCAGCUUUGAUUGGCAUGAAAUUCUUCUGGUUAAAUCAUUGGUACUAAAGGUUAAGAACUGUGUUAGAAAAUAUCUGGUCCUUUGAUAUAAAAGUCAAAGCUACAAGCUCGUGUACUUAAAAACAAGAUGGACGCCCACGGUACGUUUCAGCCAGAAACAUCUAAUCACUGAGAUUCAAAUUCUGUCAUGUGAGCUGCUAACAGCAGGCUAUAAGUAAAGUCUUAAAAUCUGCUUUAAUUGUGGGUGAAAUCUGCAACUAUGAUGCUUUUGUUCUCAACAGUAAUGACGAAGCUUUUUGAAGUGGUUACCUCUAAGAUUUGUACCUCGCACUGGCCUCUCCUCCAUGGCAAUGGCAGCCGAGGAUCAGGGGUAUUGUAGUAUGUAUCAUUUAAAGAAAUAUGGGGAGUACAGAAUGGCCGCCAGCAUUUCACGACUCAUUAACUUCAGGAAAUAUAUCAUACCUGAAUUUGCUUUUGAUUGGCUGCCAACACUAAAGAUGUAACUGUAAUCUAUCCAAUCAGGCCUCCACUCUGGAUUUACCUCAUUUGACUCAGAUGGGCUGAGAACAGCAGCUCAUCUGAACCUCUAAAUGAGAUUUAGUAUUGUGAGUAUGUUUGUCAGUUUAGGACAUUUAAUUAUUUUAGAUUAUUAUUCCUCUUGGUAAACAUUUUCAGGACAAAGCAUCAUGAAAAGCCUUAUUUUUAGCCACAGAAGUGGAGUGUAUGCAAAAACAACAGAAAGCUUUCUAAUAUGGGGCCUUUAAUCUAUGACUAAUCAAUAAGACAUUCUUAUCUCAGCAACAUUGAUAACAACUUUUCUUCUAAGCUCCUCAUCCACCAACUGAGAACACACUGCCCAUUCUCUGGGUUGGCUCUUUAAAUGGCCCCAUAUCACAAUAGCCCCCUUUACACAGCCUGUUCAAGGCCGGACUGUUGAGCAUGUACUCUGCCUCACCGUUCUGUAUGAAAGUUACAAACACAGACACAGAAUUGGGGGGGGGGGGGUUCUGUCUUUAAGCAGAGGUAUUCACAGAGUUGAAUCAACGUCUUCUAAAAGAGACAGAUGCUGCUGUUGUUUUAUUAAACAUUAUGCCUUUGACUCUGGAACCAGCAUGUUAUAUAUGUGAAAUCACACACGGGGGCAGGAUUAAGCUGCCGAGCAAAGGCACCAUAAUGAAGGGUCUUCUUCAGGGCAAUACAACAGGGCCUCUGUGUAAAAGGGGCUAAUGUCACAAGGUGUGUGUGUCUGUUUCCUCUUUGGGACUUUUUCUGGUAUAAACACUGACCCUGUUGGGACCAGUAGUCCUAAUGUGGACCAAAGCCCAGUCAUGGUUAAGGUAGGCUGUCCACAAUGAAUGGAAGUCAAUGCAAUGUCCUAACAAGGACAACUGUGCAGACUUGUGGGUAUUUGUGGAAAAGAGAAUCUGUGUACUGUGUAUACUACCAACAUGUUCCCAGUUUAGGAUAUUAUUUGUGUAGUACAUAGGGUUGCCGUCAUCUUCUAACUCUGGUGAUGAUUGAUGAUGGUAUUCCCUGUACAGUAACUUCUUGAUUGCUUUUUAACAUGAACUGUAGUUAUACUUUUAGCAUUUUCUUGACACUAUUAUAGAAUAAUUUUCCUUUUUUUCAUUUUGUACAAUUAUGUUUUUUAGUAAUUAUACCCAUUUCAUUUGGUACAAUCGGCUUUCGAAGACAGUUAAAUACAAUGUCUUUUUGAAUUUGAAUUGUGUACAGACGUUAAGCCGAUUUUAAGAUGAAUUCAUCUUUUCUUUGUAAAAGGAAUUUGACGGUAGACUUUUAUCUGAUUGUUUAACAUAAUGAAUUUUAAUAGCAAGUCAAACUUUUGUACACUUGCUUUUUCUGUGAGGUAAAGAACAACUUCAUUUUUUAACAUAUCACCUGUCCCGCUACUGGUCUGCACUGAGCCUUUCUGCCAACUGCAGCUCUCAGCAUUUGUGACCCUGGUCUCGUGUCCGAUCUUCUUUAACCAUAGAAUGGCUCAAGUGCAGGGGACAUGAUGAAAAUGACAAAAAUGUUACAAAAAUCAUUUCCUCUUGUGGUGUAGGAGUUUUGUCACGCCAUCGACCCAAACACUGCAGUGACUCGGGAAAACACUGAUUUUGUAUCAUCACUAAGUCACUGAUUUUAAUUUGUCUUUGUGUUAUUAAAAAAAAAAAGGAUUUGAUUUCUAAACUGAACAAGAAAUUGUCAUAACUACAUUUAUUGCUUUUGCUCUGGACUUGCUAAAUUGAAUGAAUAGAGACUGAUUCACCAUGAUUUUGUUAUUGUGGGGUUAAAAGUGUUCUAGUCUCUAUGACUGGACAAAUUAUCAGCAUGUAUAUCUUGUCUUUGGAGGAAAAUAAUGUCAGUUGGUUUAAAGGCUUUGAUCCACGCUGUGCAGUGUCUGAAACCAUGUGAGCAAUGUAGCAAAGAGCUAUUACCAGUGACUCACCAUUUUCCAGUUUUUUCCCUUCUCCAAAUGUGGAUUUCUCUCCCAUCACUUUUUCCCAUCAGGUAAUAUCACCCCCAGAUGUCUGUGGAGAAGGGCCGUCCGUUGUCGUCUCGUCUGUGAGGGGAGAGUGGGUAUGAGGUUGUCACAGGGGUUCCUAUGAGAAAGAGAGUGUCAAAACCUGUGAUAUGAAAAGCAAAGUGUAAAUAAUGCAAAAUAAAUGCUGGAGUAUGAAUGAUUAAUACAAGAAAAAAAUAAAGAAUGAAUGCAACUUAAA